UAACGGUAAAGAAAGGAAUUGAACGCUGCCCUUACUGUCGUGAAAUCACGCACGCCUUCGUUCGCCCGCAGUUGAAAGGUCGAGCUGAAGAUGGCAGAGUCGUUGAUUUGUAACAACACGCAAAGCAGGGUGAGUUCUGUGCUGAACAGAGACGCCAAGCAGUUCGGGAAGAAGUUCAUGUUUGAUUCUAACGAGGAGACGUGCUGGAAUUCCGACCAGGGUGAAUCCCAGUGGGUUGUCUUGGAGUUUCCGCAGCCCGUGAAAGUGUCAGAGCUCAGGCUACAGUUCCAAGGAGGCUUUUCAGGAAAAUCUUGCAAAUUACGAGGUUGUGCCAAAGAAGAGGAUCUCAGACAUAUUGUGGACUUCUAUCCAGAGGACAACAACUGUCUACAAAUAUCCUUCCAGAUGUUCCUGGCCAACGGCCAAAUCGCCAGUGUCUUCAAUUUAUCCCAAGCUUAUCAAGUCCUUGAUUCUUCACCCACAGUUUUCCCAUUCAAGAUGCCCCUUCGGUUCAGAGGCUAAAAAUAGUAUUCGAAAACAGUGCUGACUUUUUUGGAAGAAUAAUUGUUUACACGUUGGAUAUCCUGGGGGAGAAGGUUUUGUAAUGUUUUGAGAAAAGGACAAAGCGGAAAUAUGAAGAGGCGGCAAUGCCAACCAACAUAUUUCCCCCAUCGCUUUACCUCCGAAUGUGGAGUUUAUUUCCGCCUACUCGCAGGAAACGCAUAAACUGAUCUCCAUUUUUCAUCGCAUUUCCUUUCUUUCUACAGAGACUGUGGAUUAUAUUCACGUCAAGUCAAUACACAUGAGCUACACGAUUUGUAAAAAAAAGUGUUUUUAAUUAAAAACGAUAGAAAAACUGA